UCACCCAGAGUGCCUCUACCACGCGACUUCCCCUUAGCAACCGACUGGCCGCGCUUGGUUCCCUUAGUAACCGGGCGAAGCGUCCCCUGCGUGGAAGCAGUCGGGCGGCGGGCGCUUGAGACUGUGAGACCUUGGAGCGGAGACCGCGGGAGGACUCGCAGGGGCAGACAGAUCAUCGAUUUAACGCUUUCCUCUGACCUUUUUUCCUGGGAGUCGGCCCGGCCUUCCUCACCUGUAAAACAAACACACAGGUUCUUGGCCAGCCACUUCACGGCCGCGCUGAGACACUGGGCUUUCGGGCCUGUGGAUGAGAAAGAGAUGCUAAGGACGCAUUUCCUCGGGGAGCAGAGCCCGAAGAGGUUUUUUUUUUUAGGGGCUCCAUCCGCCGACUUCCUGUCCUGAUCUCUUUUAUCGAAACAAAGGACAAUUCUGGUCUUGUUUCCCCGUGAGGAGCCUGCUCCAUUGGCAGUGGUGUAGAACUCUCUGCUGCUUUCCCCGUCUCCUACCUCUGGUCUUCACCACCAAUACUGUUGUCAGGGAAAAUGCAGAGGCUGUACGACUCCGUGGAGCCGAGAGUGAUGGACGAGCACAUGCUCAAGCUGGCUGUGGAGGAACAAGGCCCGCAGGAGGAGGCUGGGCCGCUGGCCAGGCAGGAGGGCAUCCUCUUCAAGGAUGUCCUGUCACUGCGGCUGGACUUCCAAAAUAUCCUCCACAUAGACAGCCUCUGGCAGUUUGAGAACUUGAGGAAGCUACAGCUGGACAACAACAUCAUUGAGAAGAUCGAGGGCCUGGAGCAUCUCGUGCACCUGGUCUGGCUGGACCUGUCCUUCAACAACAUCGAGGCCAUCGAGGGGCUGGACACGCUGGUGAACCUGGAGGACCUGAGCUUGUUCAACAACCGGAUCUCCAAGAUUGACUCUCUGGAUGCCCUGGUCAAGCUGCAGGUGUUGUCGUUGGGCAACAACCAGAUCGGCAACAUGAUGAAUAUCAUCUACCUGCGGCGGUUCAAGGCCCUGCGGACGCUCAGCCUCUCUGGGAACCCCAUCGCAGAGUCAGAGGAUUACAAGAUGUUCAUCUGUGCCUACCUUCCUGACCUCGGGUACCUGGACUUCCGGCGCAUUGACGACCACAUGAAAGAUCUGGCAAGGAGUAAGCACCAGUACAGCAUUGACGGGCUGAAGCAACAAGAGCACCUGACCCAGGCCCGGCUGGACGAUGAGCGGGCCCGGCAGGAGGAGCUGAAGAAGCACAAGGUCGCGUUCGUCGAGCACCUGAACGGCUCCUUCCUGUUUGACAGCAUGUACGCCGAAGACGUAGAAGGCAACAAGCUGGCAUACCUGCCUGGCGUCGGCGAGCUCCUGCAGGCCUACAAGGACAAAUUCGUCAUCAUCUGCCUGAACAUUUUUGAAUAUGGCCUGAAACAGCAGGAAAAGCGGAAACUGGAGCUUGACACCUUCAAUGAGUGUAUCCAGGAGGCCAUCCAGGAAAACCAGGAGCAGGGCAAACGCAGGAUUGCCAAGUUCGAGGAGAAGCACUUGCUGAGUCUAAAUGCCAUUCGAGAGCAGUCCAACCUGACCAACAUCGAGAUAAAGAUAGUGGAAUAUGGCGAGGACAUCACGGAGCUGUUCAACGUGCUCAUGACACUGGAGAUGCACUUGGUAGAACAGCUGGAGGAGACUAUAAACAUGUUUGAAAGGAACAUCACGGACUUGGUGGCACUCUUUAUUGAAAAUGUCCAGAGCCUGAUGGCUCAGUGCCGGGACCUGGAGAACCACCACCACGAGAAGCUCCUGGAGAUCUCCAUCAAUACUCUGGAGAGGAUAGUGAAGGGCGAGCUCAACGAGGACCUGCCGGAUGACGUGCGCGCUCUUUUCGUCGACAAAGACACGAUUGUUAAUGCUGUCGGGGCGUCACAUGACAUCCAUCUCCUGAAGAUCGACAAUCGAGAAGAUGAGCUGGUGACCAGGACCAACUCUUGGUGUACGCACUUGGUGGACACGAUCCACAAGGAUGAGAUCAUGAGGAACCGCAGGCGAGUGAAGGAGAUCAAUCAGUACAUCGACCACAUGCAGAACGAACUGGACAACCUGGAAUGCAGUGACGUCAUAGAUUAGGGCUGCGCCAGCCCAGACAGUUCUUCAGAACACAGUCAUCGGCCCUCCCAGUGCGCACACACACCACACAAGUCUCCCUGACCGCCUCACAAGCGUUACUGGGAGUCUCUCAACCCACAGCACAACCCUUCCCCCCAGUACCAUUCUUCUCCCACCCCUGGGGAAACCUCCAAAUGUAGAGAAAAAUAAAGGACCAUGUCUCUUUUCUCCAUUCUUUUUUUUUUUUUUUU